AUGGCCCGUGUGCUUGACGGCCGAGCUGUGGCAACGACCUGGCAGGAGGAGCUGGCACGGGAUGUGAGGGACGUAUAUGCCAAGGGCGGCCGGCCGCCAGGUCUGGGAGUGAUCCUGGUGGGCUCCCGCCCUGAUAGCUUGCUCUACGUUACGCGCAAGCGUGAGGCCUGCGAGCGGGUGGGCAUGUUUGCCGAGGUGCGCCAGCUGUCAGGCAGCGUGACGCAGCGGCAGCUUGAGACGGCAGUGGCGGCACUGUGCGCCGACCCACGCAUCGAUGGUGUGCUGGUGCAGCUGCCGCUGCCACGCCACAUCGAUGAGGAGGCCAUCAUCGAGAACUUUGACCCGCAAAAGGAUGUGGACGGCUUCCACCCGCUCAACAUGGGCCGCAUCCUCAUGCGCGGCCGUGCCGCUCGCUUCAUCCCCUGCACUGCACUGGGCGUAAUUGAGUUGCUGCAGCGCAGCAGUGUGGCGGUGCGGGGCAAGAGCGUGGUUGUCAUGGGGGACAGCAACAUCGUGGGCAUGCCGCUGGCCAUGCUAUUCCGUGACGCUGGCGCCGCCACCCAGGACCUGCCCAGUAUCACCCGCACCGGCGACAUUUUGGUGGUGGCGGUGGGCUACCCGCAGCUGGUGAAGCGGGAGUGGGUGAAGCCGGGGGCGGUGGUGAUUGACGUGGGCGUCAACGUUCAGCCCUGGCAUGUGGUGGGCGAUGUGGACUUUUGGGACGUGGCCGAGGUGGCCUCCGCGCUGACCCCCGUGCCUGGCGGUGUGGGGCCAAUGACCAUUGCGGCGGUGCUGCACAACACCGUGCAGGCGGCACGUUACAACCUGGGUUUGGCGAGUUAUGCGCCCUAG